AUGGCAAGAUUGAAGGUGGUGGCGAGACCGAGGCAGAAGUUUACUUGGAUCGCAAAUGAAAAGGCAAGAAAAGCUGCUUACAAGAAGAGGAUGCAAGGGUUGAUUAAAAAGGUUCAUGAACUAACCAUACUCUGUGAUAUGAGUGCUUGCAUGGUCUUUUACAGCCCUGAUGAUAACAAGUUGGUGGCGUGGCCGUCUCAAGAGGAGGCUAAAUCUCUCAUCGACCAUUACUUCUCAUUACCCGACCUCCAGAGGAACCUGAAGGCGGAGGAUCAGGAGUCGUUCAUCAAGUCCAAUACCAAGAAGCUUGAGACUAAGAUCGCAAAUUCGCAGAGGGUGAUCGCUGGGUAUGAGAUGGAUCUUCUGAUGUUUCAGCUCCACAAUGGUCGUGGAGUUGAUGAUCUCUCCGGCACCGAGGUUAAAAAAUUAAUGGCAUUCUUACAGAAGAAGAUGACGAGUUUGGGGAAAGAGCUAGGUUAUGCAAAACAUCCUUAUAUAGAAGAUGUUAACGAGCCAAUUAUGGAGGAUGAGACUCCGAAGGCUUUGGAUUUUGCGUCCAAAUGGGGAGAAAGUGGUUUUAGGCCGAUGGAAAGGGGAAGUGUCUAUUACAUCGAUAAGUGGAUCUUAUUCGAUGAUGAGCCAAAAGUCCAAAACCAUUGCGAUGAGACUGAUCCUUUACCCAGAGUGGCAUCUCAUGGAUUCAACCUAAACGUGGUACCAGAUGAUGAUGAAGAGGACAUGCAGAAUAUCUAUCCAGGAGAGAGCAGCAGAUCUGGUGGUGCAGACGAUGCCUAA